AUGCAUCCCUUCUGGAACACGAUAGUGAAGAUCUUCCCUACCUGGCUGGCCCCAAAUUUGAUAACGUUUUCUGGUUUCCUGCUACUUGUCUUCAACUUCUUCCUCAUGGCAUACUUCGACCCUGACUUUUAUGCUUCUGCUCCUGAUCACCAGCACGUUCCCAGUGGAGUGUGGGUCGUUGUGGGUCUUCUCAACUUCAUUGCCUAUACCUUAGAUGGUGUUGAUGGGAAACAGGCUCGCCGGACCAACUCCAGCACGCCCCUGGGAGAGCUCUUUGAUCAUGGCCUGGACAGCUGGGCCUGUGUCUAUUUUGUCGUGACAGUCUACUCCACCUUCGGACGGGGCUCCACCGGUGUCAGUGUCUUCGUUCUCUACCUCCUCUUAUGGGUGGUCUUGUUUUCAUUCAUCCUCUCCCACUGGGAGAAGUAUAACACAGGGAUCCUCUUCCUGCCCUGGGGAUAUGACAUCAGCCAGGUGACCAUUUCAAUUGUCUACAUAGUGACAUCCAUUGUGGGAGUUGAGGCCUGGUAUGCACCUUUCCUGUUUAAUUUCUUAUAUAGAGACCUAUUCACUGCAAUGAUUAUUGUUUGUGCACUCACUGUAACGCUGCCAAUGAGCCUCUACAACUUCUACAAAGCCCAUAAAAACAACACCUUGAAGCACCACUCUGUGUAUGAAAUCAUGUUGCCACUGGUAUCCCCAGUGCUGCUCUUCCUGCUGUGCACCACAUGGAUCUUCGUGUCCCCGACAGACAUCCUGGAGGUCCAUCCCAGGCUCUUCUACUUCAUGGUUGGAACAGCCUUCGCUAACAUCUCUUGCCAGCUGAUCGUCUGUCAGAUGAGCAGCACCCGCUGCCAGCCGCUCAACUGGAUGCUGCUGCCCAUCGCGGCCGUGCUCUCGCUGGUGGUGUCCGGCCUGCUGCCCGGCGGCGAAACCCUGCUCCUCUACCUGCUCACUGCCUUCCUCACCCUGGCACACAUCCACUACGGAGUGGUCGUGGUGAGCCAGCUGAGCAGGCACUUCAACAUCCGUCCCUUCUCGCUGAAGAAGCCCACGCCGGAUUGA